AUGAAGGUGGUCCUACCAGGAAAGCCAGAAGCCAGGCUUCAAGCUCUAGCUACUGGCUUCUGGAAAUCGAGGCGCAUCAUCGCGUACAUAAGCGGCAAUGCUAUUGCAAUCCUGUCCGACCACGAAACCCUCCUGCAGACCAUCUACGAUGACGACGAAACACACCUCGAGGCGGUCGCAUUAGACGAGUCUUCCGGAAAGAUAGCCGUGUGCACCGACCGUACUGUUCGGAUAUACAGACCGUUCGCACACGAAGACGGCGUGUUGAAAUGGGGGCUGGAGACAUCAUUCUCCCCGAACGUUGACGACGAGCAAACACACGAUGGCGCGCAACACGCAAUGACCCUGUCAUGGGGAGGCUCCGAGGAAAUACUCGUGUCUCGAUCCGCUGUGACAUUACAUCAGACAACCCCCGAACUAGCCUGCACCUGGCGCAAGAGUCUAGCGAGUCCUGUCAAAUACGCAGAACUGUCUUACGACUCGGCUUAUGCUGCCUCGAUGGGAUAUCACGACCGGCUUGUGAAAGUAUGGCGGCGGCUCAGUUACGUGUCGGACGAAGUUCGUUUCGACUUCAUGUACCUGUCCCAUCCGCUCGCCGUUACGAGCCUACAGUGGCGCAAGCCCCAUCACAUUGACCAGACCGUGGACAAUGUUCUCUAUACCUUUUGCGUCGACAAUGUGCUUCGCAUUUGGACUGGCUCGGACAAUCACAGCCAUCAGAAGUUGCAGCUUUGGGGAAAGGUUGAUCUUGCUGCCUCCGCGGCUGGACCAAGUCUUCGAUGGGCUGUAAUUGUUCACGGGAGGGAUUUCUCAGCCGCGACCGAGACGGCGGUGCAGGAGGGGCCUUCUGAGUAUGGCAAAGGAGAUGGGCCGCUGGUCAAUGCUGUGGAGCUUGCUAACCGAAACCCUGAGAUUUGCAUCACUUUCGAUGGGCACGGGAAAAUGUCUGCCUGGGCGAUGGAGAACGUAUGGCCCAAGUCGCGCUUGAUUUCAAAGCCAGAUGAGCCAAAUAUUGUUCCACUCGUGGUGGAUAUAUCUUCGAGCGAGUUCGCUUUCCUCAGAGACGCCUCUCCAGCAGCCUCGUCACACGUCGAAAUACAUGCGUACUGCAACAAACAUGACGGGCAUUUGAAUUUCCUGUUCCAUUUUUUCGAUGGCAGGAUUGCCAUCUACGAGGCCAACUCCCCGCGUCUCCUCGACCCCAUUGUGGACAAGGGCCGGAUAAGGCCCAGAUGCGUAUGGACAGGCCAUUCGGCUGCUAUUGCGAAGACAGUCCGAAACUACAGUGGCAGGUCGGUGGUCUCAAGGACUAGUGGAGGAGAGGCCAUCGUGUGGAAGCAUCCCCUCUACACCGAAAAGACAAAGCUCGCACGGCAGAGCACAAUAUCUUCAAAGGACCACAUUCACCGUAUAGCAGUCAUACGAAAGGGUCGUUUCGUUGUCUUCCUACACCACGACAGAUUGGCCGUCUGGGAUUGUAGGCAACUCGCUCCGUCCCUGCUUGCUGAGAUCGCCUACAAAAUAUCCGGAAAGCCCCUGUGUCUGCUGGUCCUCCCCAGAAGAACUGCUGAGCAAUCGACUGUGGUGCACAUUGGCACCAUUACUUCGGAAAAGAAGGGCUUAGUGUGGGAAAUCAAACUCCCCGCUUAUGAUUUGUCCGCAACAAACGGAGUCAAAACUAACGGCGGUGCAAAUGGUCACCAGUCUCCAUCAAUUCAGGAAUUCCACAGGUUCGAACUCAAGGACGCUGGUAAUCUGUCCUAUGUUCUCCCCGUGGACCCAGCAGGUUCUGCACCCAUGGUACAAGGAUUUCUUGACGUUUUUGCACGCGAUGUGGCAAUUUCUUACACGCAUACUGGCCGCGUCGAGUUCUGGACGGCUCGAGUGGGUGAUGACAAAGUGGACUGGCUGUCGACCGCUUCGAUGGAAACAGGUAUCUCAGAACCCGCGCUCGCUAGUGGCAGCACCAUGAAGAAGGCAGCAUUGGUCAACUCCAGUAGGAGUUCUGUCACAAUCUGGGACAUCCGCGGUGCGCAGCUCGAAUACAAUCAGCAGUUCGAGGCACAAAACGCGAUUCAGGACUUGGAUUGGACAUCGACGCCGGACCUCCAAUCCAUCCUUGCUGUCGGAUUUCCAUCUCGUGUGCUACUACUUGCCCAGAUGCGGUUUGACUACCUGAACAAGGGUCCGGCGUGGGCCCCGGUGCGAGAAGUCAACAUUCGAGAUUUCACACCCCACCCCAUUGGCGACUCAACCUGGCUGGGUGAUGGGAACCUCGUCAUUGGGGCCGGCAACCAACUCUUCGUGAAUGACCGCAAAUUCGAUGCCUCCCAUUCACUUGUCAAAGAUGUGGCCCUCCCGCAUACAAAAGAUCGCAAAUGGGAUCUGUUUGACGUUGUUCAGCGACUGAAUGGUCCCCUUCCGGUGUUCCACCCACAGUUCCUCAGUCAAUGCAUGCUCGCUGGAAAAGUUGUGGCUGUACAGCGGAUCCUCAUGGCACUCUACAAGACACUCAAGUUUUGGGUUGAAGGGGAUGAGUUCGAUGACUACCUGGGGCUGGAUUUAGACGAGUUCUAUAUCGACAAAUCAAGGGCAGCGUUCACGCCAGGGAAGGAGACGCGCUCUUAUUUUGGCGACCGCACAAUACCGGACGAUGACGAUGAAGUAUUCAGCGAGGACGUGGCUCAAACCAUCAAUGAGAAGCUCAUGAAUAUCGCCUUGCCUCAAAUGUCAAGUCAUGAGCAGAUUCAGCUUGUGGACAUGAUUGAGUGUAUUGGCAUGGUAGAGAAACACCGUCGAUCAAUGGAUGAGAAUGGCGCGAGGUUCAUGAUAUACUACAGACAACAUAGCCUCCGGAAACGACGGACCAACGAAGUAACUAUGUCGUGGAGAGAAAUCAACUGGGCAUACCAUUCUACCAGCCAGGAUAUGCUGACUGACUUUGUUGCGCGGCAACACCAAGGAGGUCUUCUUUGGGAACAUGCUCGGGAGAGUGGCAUGUUCAUGUGGCUCACAGACAAUGCGGCAGUGAAAGCACAAUUCGAGGUGAUUGCUCGCAACGAGUACACCAAGAACGAGGUGAAGAACCCCGUGGACUGCAGCCUCUAUUACCUGGCAUUGCGAAAGAAAACGGUACUCCAGGGUCUGUGGCGCAUGGCGUCUUGGAACCGAGAGCAAGCCGGCACGCAAAGGCUGCUUGCGAACAACUUUGAUGAUCCAAAGUGGAGGACUUCAGCGCUAAAGAAUGCCUAUGCGCUACUUAGCAAGCGGCGGUUUGAAUAUAGUGCGGCCUUCUUCCUACUCGCCGACAGACUGCAGGACGCCGUGAACGUCUGCCUGAACCAGCUCAAGGAUCUGCAGCUUGCCAUCGCUAUCACUCGGGUGUACGAGGGUGACCAAGGUCCAGUGCUGCGCAAGCUGCUGGAAGAGGAGGUGCUGAACAUCGCCGCUCAAGAAGGCAACCGCUGGCUGGCAUCAUGGGCGUUUUGGAUGCUCCACCGCAGGGACAUGGCGGUGCGCGCUCUCAUUACGCCUGUGUAUACACUGGUCGAGACACCUAUCACGCCGAAUCUAAACUCGAAGCUCUUCCUGACAGACGACCCAGCCCUAAUAGUGCUGUAUGCCCAGCUGCGGCAGAAGACGCUCCAGACCCUGCGUGGCGCGUCCAAGGUGACGCCAAAGGUAGAGUGGCAGUUUGUGCUACACAACGCCAGGCUUUACGACCGCAUGGGCUGCGACCUGCUCGGCCUAGACCUGGUCCGCAACUGGGAGUUCCUCCUGCCCGGGGCAAGCCUGAAGCCGGAGCUCGGUGGAGAGGUCAACCCGCUGAAGAUGCUCAAGCGUCGUAGCUCGCUGGUCGUGCAGGACCUACCGGUGUCGCCAAUAUCUGGCAACGGACCGGGGGAAAUGAACAUGGGAGGCUUGCUAUCACCUACGGGGGAGAAGAAGAGGCCGCAGCCGCCGCCAACAAUGUUUGAGGAACCAGAUGCGGGUUCAUUGUUGGACAGCUUUGGGUUCUAG